CCUACCGACCUCGAUUUAAAGGAAAACAAAAACCCAAAAACUUCAUCCUUUGUAUCUCGAUCAAAAUCCGAAACCCUAGCGAUCUCUCUUGUUCGAUUGCGGGCACGCCAUCAUAGAUCCUUCCGAGAUCGCCUCCGUUCUAUGGGAGUUGAAUCCUGAUCGUUCUUCAUCUUCGCACAAGGUGGUUGUUGGCUUUCCGGAAUUAUCGUCAUCUCCAUCACCAUGUCUGCCCUAGUUCUUGGUAAGAGAUCCAACUCCUUCUUUGAGGAGCUGCAUCAUCACUCACCUUCGUCUCCGUCGUCUUCGUCUCCCUUUGAUACCUCUUUGGCGAAGCGCGUUCGUCGUUCCUCUUCUUCUUCUUCUUCUUCUUCUUCUCCUACUCGCAUCCGCUUCUCGCCUCCCCGGCCUUCGUUGCAGUCUCCGCAAGUCUUGGUCAGUAGCAGCGGGUUUAACUCUGAGAUUCUUGAUCGUUUGAGGUCUCUUUUCCCUGAUAUGGAUCACCAGAUUCUUCAAAGAGCACUGGAAGCAGCUGGCAAUGACUUGGAUUCUGCCAUAAAGAGCUUGAAUAAUCUUCAUUUAAAGGCAGUAAAGGUAAAGUUACCAUCUGCCUUGGGUGGAUCAGUUCCUGAGUCUGAACCUAGUAUUGAACCACCAAAUGAAGGUUCUGUGAAUGGAAAUAUUGGGAUGCGAUGACUGGAAAUCCAUCUGUCUCUUUAACUCUCCCUACAGAUGGUCCUGCGUGGGUUGAUUUGUUUGUGCGGGAGAUGAUGAAUGCCAAUAAUGUCGAUGAUGCAAGAGCUCGCGCAUCUAGAGUUCUUGACGUACUGGAGAAAUCCAUCAUGGCUCGUGUUACCUCUGAAGCUAUGCAAAACUUUGAAAAGGAAAACAUGGUGGUGAAGGAGCAAAUGAAAGUAGUGCUUCAUGAAAACAACAUUCUGAAGCGAGCUGUUGCAAUCCAACAUGAACGUCAAAAAGAACACGAAGCGAGAAACCAGGAAUUGCAGCAUCUAAAACAACUAGUUGUGAAGUAUCAGGAACAACUAAGAACACUAGAGGUUAAUAAUUAUGCAUUGGCAAUGCAUCUUAAGCAAGCUCAAGAUAGCAGCUCAAUGCCGGGCCGAUUUCAUCCAGACAUCUUUUAGAACUGUAUUUUUACUUUAAUAAGUCUGAAGGUGUAGUUAAUGUAUCAUCUGUUGUAUCCACAGAUGGUAUUGUUGUGGUAUGAUGUUUUCCGAGUUUUUGUUUAACCCAAUAAUAUUUUGGUAAAGACCAGUAUAAUGAUUUAUUAGGCAACUUUUAAAUA